AUGGUACCGCACGACAAAGGUGUUUAUGAAGAAAAUGAAGAUGAAUCGGUAUAUGAUGAUGCUCUUAAUGAACCAUAUGUUUUUAUGCAACCAGCCGUAUCAACAUUAAGUAUUAAUGAUUUUAUAUCUUUCAAAGAAGGUUCAUUGAAAAAAAUCAGUUGGUUUACUCAGUUUUCUGGUAUAAUCUAUACAUUAGCAGCAUCAUCGAUUUCUGUUGGUACAACAUUUUCAAUAAAACAAUUAGGUGUUGAUUUAGUUGAUGCAUUCUUUUUACGUUUUACUGUUCAUAUAACAAGCAUACUUGUAUUUGCAUUAUAUAAACGUUAUCCAUUAAUUUCUGGUACAAGUACUCAAAGAUUUUUACAAAUUUUAUGUUCUACAACAGGUGCUGGAUGUUUUUUCUCAUAUUAUAUUGCUGUACGUUAUGUUGAAUUAUCCGAUGUAACAACUUUAUUUUAUACAAGAGUAGUUUGGACAGUGGUUUUUAGUAUUAUUAUUUAUCGAGAACGACCAUCAAUAGGUUCAUUAUUAGCUUUACCUCUUACUAUACUUGGUGUUAUUUUUGUUAGUCAACCAAGUUUUUUAUUUUCAUCAAAAAUUUCUUCAAUUGUUAUUGUUGAUAAUAAACUUCGUUUACUUGGUCUAUCUCUAUCAAUUAUCAGUGCAUUAUUAUCAGCAGCAAAUGUUCUAUUAUUUAAACAACUUAUUUCAGCAUCAAAACCAAUCAAACCAAGUAUACUCACUCUUCAAUAUUGUAUAGCUGUAUUUAUUUUUCUUAUUAUUUAUCAAUUAUACAAAAAAAUUUUUCUUCAUAGUGGUUUUACAUUUGAUUAUGUUAUAUCAUGGCGAUUUUUAUUAGCAUCUAUACUUUGUGUUAUUCUUAUUAUCGGAAGUAUUUUAACACAAAAAGCUAUUAAACGUGAAUAUCCAGCUGUAUAUACACUUCUUACUUCAGCUGAUAUAAUUUUUUCAUUAAUUCUUCAAAAUGUUUUUACAGUAAAACGAUCGAAUUUAUUUGCAUUGCUUGGUUCAGCAUUGGUUAUCUUUAGUGUAGUUUUUCUUGGAUUAUCAAAAAUGAUUACUGAACGACGUGCACUAAAGAAACUUGAAAUAAUAGAUGUUGAAUCUCUUAUGAAUGAUAUUGAAGAAAAAAAAUGA